CAUGCGCUCUGUCAGAAAAGCAGAAUCGUGGCUGCGUUUAGCAUUCAGAGCUAGCGGACUGGUUGGGAAACAACACCUGCGCACUAUAGGCAGAAAUCGGCGACUUUAAAUAUCCCCAGCUAAUCCUUGAGCUAGCCAUUAUCUCUUCAUGCUGUCCGGGAAAGGAAGAUAACGUUAAUAACCCCGCACUGCCACCUCAAUUAGCCACCGUGCAAGACGGAUAAGGAAAUCUGCGUUUUGCGUGAGGAGUCUACCUUUCAGGCAAAAUCACUUUUCUGUUUGGAAUAUUAAGAAUAUAGCUGCAACCUCGCCCAACGUGACUUCUUGUAAUAAUGAGGUUACCGAGUAACCGACAAUGUGCGGUGGAAGGAGAUGGGAAGAAGAUGGACCAAGCUCCUCCGUUCAGAAACCCUUUUGUGCACGUCUUGAAAUUCACCCCUAUGGAAAAGGCAAAGAUUGCAUUCAUGACAGUCACACUGUUCCCCAUCCGUCUACUCAUAGCUGCAUUCAUGAUGCUGCUGGCUUGGCCUUUUGCCUUCCUGGCCUCAGUAGGGCGCUCAGAGACCACCGUUGAACCCCAGUGCCUCUGGAGGAGACUGGUGGACAUCAUUCUGAAGAUCAUCAUGCGGGUCAUGUGGUUUGCGGGCGGUUUCCAUUGGAUGACUGUGAAAGGGCGAAGGGCAUUGCCUGCAGAAGCACCCAUCCUCACCCUGGCACCCCACUCGUCUUACUUUGAUGCCAUCCCAGUCACGAUGACAAUGGCCUCAAUUGUCAUGAAGGCCGAGAGCAAGGAUAUACCUCUCUGGGGUACUUUGAUUAAGUACAUCAGGCCAGUGUUUGUGUCACGGUCAGACCAGGACUCCAGAAAGAAGACUGUGGAGGAGAUCAAACGCAGAGCUCACUCUGGAGGGGAAUGGCCUCAGAUAAUGAUUUUUCCAGAGGGAACAUGCACUAAUAGGUCCUGCCUAAUCACCUUCAAGCCAGGGGCCUUCAUCCCAGCUGUACCAGUGCAGCCUGUGGUGAUUCAUUACCCCAAUAAACUAGACUCAAUCACAUGGACAUGGCAAGGGCCUGGAGCGUUUGAAAUCUUGUGGCUGACUCUCUGCCAGUUGCACAACGAGUUUGUGGUCGAGUUCCUUCCCAUCUACACACCCUCAGAGGAAGAGAAAAGGAACCCUGCUCUCUAUGCCAUAAACGUGAGACGUGUCAUGGCUAAAGCCCUGGGGGUACCCAUCACAGACUAUUCAUUUGAAGACUGCCAGCUGGCCAUGGCAGAGGGCCAGCUGAGACUGCCAGUCGACACCUGUCUGCUGGAGUUUGCCAAGCUUGUCAGGAGACUGGGGCUGAAACCCCAGAACACUGAGAAGGUUCUCCAGGAUUAUGGGAACAGAGCCAGGAAGCUGGAAGGUCAGAAGCUGGACUUGGACGGCUUUGCUCAGUGCCUCGAUGUGCCAGUUUCAGAGAUGCUGCGAGAUAUGUUCGCUCUUUUUGAUGAGCAUGAAGAUAACUGCAUGGAUAUCAGAGAAUAUGUGAUAGCCUUAUCUGUCGUAUGCAGACCUGCCAAAACUCUGGAAACGAUGAAAUUGGCCUUCAAGAUGUUUGAGGCAGAGGAGGACGGUGCCAUCACAGAGAUGGAGUUGGCAGUUAUCCUGAAGACGGCUUUGGGAGUGACUCACCUCAGUGUGUCACGUCUGUUUACCGCCAUCGAUCCUGAAAACACAGGAAAGAUCACAUUUGAUAAGUUCAGAUGCUUUGUGGAGCAGCACCCAGACUUUGCUGAGGAGUACCUGUACACAGAAAAUGCAGGCCUCCACAGCAGCCCCUGCCACGGUCACCAAGCGAAGCCCAGCCUGUCUGCCCGGAACCUGCAAGGCACUGCCACCACCAAAACAGCUAACGGUAUCUGCCCUGACUUCAGCCCCAAAGAACAUGGCAGCACAAUUGAUGGACUCCUCAAGAAACACAACUAAAAGGGUUUAAAAAUGUAGUGGGAGAAAACUAACACCUCUCCUGGUGAGAGGGUGUUGGGUAGGGGGAAGAGGGUAGUUCAUUACCUUUUUAAUUAGUAAGUUGUUUGAACAGUAAGGGACUACAUUUCAGUAACCACAACUACGAAAAUGACGAAGUUUACCUUAUCCUUUUUUUAUUAGUAUUGCCAUGACAUUACUGAGGUUAAUGUCAGCCUGGUAUCACUUUAUUUUGUUAUACGUUUCCUUUUUUUUUUCUUUUCUUUUCAUAGCAAGGGUUGUCAAAAUGCCAGAACAAUGGCUGUUUCAGACACACUGCUUGAAUACUUGAAGGGCAAGCACUUAAAAUUAAAAACAAAUCAUGGGUCAAAGUACAUUUUUCUCAUAGUGCUAACUGCAUGUUUUAACAUGAGGGAAGCAAGAAAAACACAAGCCCUGGACAGCAAAGUUAAACCAUUUUAAGUAAAAUCAGUGUUGGAUUCUCUUUUAUUUGUAACUUGUAUCUGUUUCCUCUCUUUAAUGGUAGCUGCCUUUUUAACUGAAAGUGCAGAAUGCAUGGGCUCAUGUUGUUUUGAGCAGUAUUGGAUUAUUUAUCUAAAGAAGGGAGGCCUGAGGGUACCAGUGACAAUUGUGUGACUACCUGAAGUGUUGAGCUACAGGAGCCACAUUUGAGGUGAACUCGGGUCUCGGUGAGUUGACGGUCAUAAUUGCUAUGAGCCUCUUACAUAUACAGUGAUAUAUAUGAUUUAGCUCAGGGUUCAGUGACAAAAAUGAAAAAUGUAACUAGUAUGAUGUCAUCGUUUUUGACGCUCACUGGGUUUUGUGCAUGUCUUUCUUUCUUACGACAUCCGUAAUCUUCUGGCCAGUCAUUCCUCAUUCACAUUGACUUCACAGAUUUAUUUCAGGUUGACACAUUCAAGUGUCUUUUUAUUUAUUGUUGAAAUUACACAACGUGGACCAAAAAUGCAUUGAGUGAUUUAAUGUCACCUGUCAUGUUUGAACUGUGCUUUUCAGUCAGUGGUGGCUUAGGUGGCUUUGUUGGGUAUUCUAAAGGCAAGGUCAUACGAAUUCCCUUUCUGUCUUACACUGAUUCAUUUUUAUUAAUUCCUACUGUUCUCCUACUACAGCAUAUCCUGAGUCCAUCUGAAACUCCAAACUGUUCAGUUGUUUAAAUAUGUCAUGUUCAAAUAUUGGACCCUUAGUCACGUCAUGUUUUAAAAGAGCUCCAAGCUCCUUUGCAUCCCAUCACAUUCACGGGACCUUUUGGAAUUGGAAAAUAUCCACCUGUAAUAAUAUUUAUGCCUUGUUUGUUUUUCUAAUGGUGGUCUAAUUGGCGCAGACACAUUUGUCAUUGAAUGUGGUUUGAUUACUUCUUAGGGCACUGCCAUGCAGCCUGUGGCCAUGCAAUGUGUUUAUAAUCACAGGCCAGUGGGCCUAUGCUUUAUUACUAUUUAAGAUAAGAAGAACAAUUUAUCUCAAAUCGGGCAAAUAGUAUUUAGCGGUCUUUAAGUUAUUAAUAUUUUAGGACAGAGUUAACCUGAUUGCUACUGGAAAUAAGGUUGUAUUGCAAUUCUCCCUUGAUAUUUUGUAAUGAGUCCAGUAUUCUACAUUUUUAAUUUAAGAAGCUCUGAAAUUACAAUCAACUUUUGGAUGUAUUGGCAAAAACUUUCACACACAAUGAUGCUCAUUUCAAUCAUUUGCCAACAAUUAAUUGGCUGUGUUUCAUCUAUUUCGUCUGUUGAAACACACAAACUACCCCUAUACUUAAAAAGAAAACCCAAAAUGAAAAUUGGAUUAUGCUGCACCUUCUCUCAAAAUGUACAUUGCUUUACAUGUCAUGUUACAGCACAAUUAAUUGUUAAAGGGAAUACCUCUCCUGAGCAGGUGAAAUGAAACGCAUUAGAAGCCAGUUGUACUUGGGAUCUGUGCAUUCAUGGUUUAAUUGUGUUGACUUUUUGUAUAUCACAUUUACAACUUAAGUGUUUUUUUUUAUUUUUUGUAUCAUUCUAUAAGUUCAUGAUGUCAGUGAGCCUCACAUUCCCAUCCCGUUCAUGACCAUGCAUACUGUACUUGUAUUCCCAUUAUGGUUUUAGGUGAAGCAAUAUUUCACAUCUCUUAAGCCUUCUCAAGAUAUAUGCUUUUGAAGAGUUCUGAUAUGUAUUUUGAAUAUUCCAAAUGCAGGACAUUUUGUGAAUUUUUGAUAUACGUAUAUGAAUGAUUUUUAUUUUCACUGCCAUGACAAAGAUCUGUGAUCUCUCUUCUGCAGAUUGUAUUGAUGGUGAAAAAUGAGCCGCAUUUUUGUUUUCCAUUGUAUUGUAUAAUACUGCAAUUGUUUUGUGCUGUAUUCCUCCUACACAGUGUACAGUUUUAUUGUUAUAUUAUUACUAUUAUCGCUGAGUUGACUGCUUAGAAACAAAAAUGCAGAUUUCUUAUGGAAGCCGAUAGCCUUGAAUCUAUAGAAUUUUUAUGCUGAAAAAGAGAAUGUUUAGACAAUCUUGUCACGAUCAGAAGCCGCUCAAAGCGCUGAUCUCCAGUGGACGUUUUCCCGAAGAAAUCAUGGUUUUCAAAUGUACACUUUUUAUCCUUUUUUGAACCCUCUCUCCAUUUACUUUUUUAUGUUUUAUGUUUAAGGCAUGCAGGUUGAAAUAAGCAAAAUGUGAGUGUGCCAGUGUGUCAGGCCCUGAGGUAAUGUCUGCCACCACAUGACGGGCCGCAUCGCACAAACUCUGGACUGUAUACGCACACACAGUAUAACCUAAAUUAAAUGUAAAAUCACAAUCUUUUAGUAUUUCCCCCUUACUACUUUGUCCUUUUUAAAUUAAACGUGUGUGCUUGCACUUUAGAUUAUUUUCUUUAUUUUCUUUAAAGAAAUAUCCCAUUGCUGUAAAGCAUGUUAAGUUUUUAGGUAUUGUAGCUCAAUCUUGAUAAUAUGAAUAGUUUUUGCAUUCAUAUAUUUGCUGCAAUAUUCUGAGCACAGAGGAAAUUAGGGAUCACACAUUAAAGGAAGCUGUCCCUUGUCCCACAUUUGUUUUUGUACUGUAAGAAAGAGCUUGGUUAGUUUUAACAUCUUAAACACUUUUUAGAUCUACUUUUCUGCCUUGUCUCAGGAUGGUGGACGUUUUGUAGCUUGAAACGACUUUGUAAACGUGUAGGACUUGCCAACAACGUACUAAUUUGAAUGACUAAACAUGCACCGUGGAAUGGAUAAGUAUUAAAUGUACUCCCAAGUGAUGUGAUUUUACAGCAGGUUGUUAAUUAUACAAUUCACCAUGUAUGUAUGUAUGUAUGUAUGUAUGUAUGUAUGUAUGUAUGUAUGUAUGUAUGUAAGUAUGUAUGUAUGAGGGAAACAUACUGUUGUUGUACAUAAGUAGGUAAUCUGACUGUGAAUCUCAACUGAAACAAAGCAUUGAUGUUCAAGACCUGACCAUAAUGAAAUGUAAUGAUCCACAGUAACCCCUCAUGCGUUUUUUUGUUUAUUUUUAAACAAACACACACACAAUAUUUACAUUCAGAACAAUUUGGCAUUAGGGCUGUAUGAAAAUACUGGGUCCCUUUCUUUUCAUGAGUGUGAAAAGAAAGGGACCCAGUAUAGUAUAGUUAUUUUGUACUUGUUAUCUAUAUGAUAAAACGUAAACCUGCAAGAGAUAAACUUGUAUCUAUGCUACUGCUGCCUGCUUUCCACAGUCUGUCCAGCAGCGAGCCUAAGACGAAAGACUUAUGUACUCUGACAGAGCGAUGGUGUCUUUCUGAUGGCUUAUUGUCUGUGGACCAAGAAACUGAAAUCUCCAUUUUCUCUGUAGCUUUACUUCCUGUCUUUUUUUCUAUACUCAACAGGUUUUAUUUUAUUAAUGCAUUUUGAUGAUGGAAGAGUCAUUACUGCAAGCCACUUUGAAUUUGUCUGUUCAGGACUGCUAUGAUAUAACUUGUUAAUGUGACUCUUGGAUUGAAUUAAAAAUUGAAAUGUUAACACAC